UCUAAGAUGUGGUGGAUUUGUUGAGCUAGUUUAGGUGAGAUUGUUGGGUUCUUUUUUGUUCCAACUAUAUCCCUAACUUUUUAUGUGUUGUUUUUUUUAAUAUUAAAAACGUAAAAGUGAUACUUCACUCAGAAAGCGAUAUAAUUAAUUUAAUAUUACUAUAACUAUCACAAAAACAAAACAAUGCAAUAUACUAAUUAUUACAUGUAUAAUAUUGUACAUGUAUUGAUCACAAUGAUCAAUUUAAGUAUUAAAAAACUACACGACCCGUAAGUUCAUUUUGUUACUUGAUGGUCAAAUUCUUGAAGUUUACCUCUGUUUGGAUUGUCUUGUACUAGAUGAUCAUAUGGGAAACAUGUCAAGAUGGAAAGAGUCAUUGACAGAAAGGACUGGGUUAAGGAAAAGCACAAAUCUCAUGCAACUUGUGUAUGGUAAUUCUGCAUCAUCAAUGGAGCUUCGUGCUCAGGAGAAGCUAGACACUAUUGACAAUGUGGAUAGUGAUGAAGAAGACUUCUUUAAGCUGAAAGGGGAAGGGGAUAAGAAACAAAAAGGUCAAAAUGAUGCCUACUUUGAUGCUGAAGAUUGUUCCAAAUGUAUGAAGUAUACUGGCCAAAACUGGAAGGAGGUGAACAUAUAUGAGAGGAUUCGUGACCGAUUUGUCACAGGCAAUUGGUCAAAUGCUGCUCGGAGGAAUGAACUUUCUGUGGGAGAUGCUGAAGAUGAAAGUUCGAAUGACGAUGAUGAUGCAGCUGUAGAUGGCGAAUUCGAAGACUUAGAAACUGGUGAGAAAUAUGGAUCUACGGAAACUGGUCCUCAGGAGGAAGACGACCGUGCGGCAGAGAAGCGGAGGCUUAAAAAGCUGGCCCUUCGAGCAAAAUUUGAUGCUCAAUUUGAUGGUUCUGAAUCGAUGGAGGAUGAAGAGGAUGAAAAACGUGGAUUCACUUCAAUGGACAGUGAAGCAAACCAAAGUUCAUAUAUCGAAAAGCUGAAGGAGGAGAGUGAACUGCUGAAACAGAAGAAUAUAGCUGAACUAAAUGAACUGGAUGAAGAAUCACGAUUGGCGAUAGAGGGCUUCAGAACUGGGACAUACAUGAGACUGGAGAUUCAAAAUGUUCCAUUUGAGAUGGUUGAACAUUUUGACCCUUAUCACCCACUUUUAGUGGGAGGAAUUGGUUUUGGUGAGGAAAAUGUUGGAUAUAUGCAGGUUAGGCUAAAACGGCACAGAUGGAACAAAAAGAUCCUCAAAACUAAAGAUCCCAUAGUUUUAUCUAUUGGCUGGAGGCGGUACCAAACAACACCUGUUUAUGCAAUUGAGGACAGGAAUGGAAGGCAUCGCAUGCUGAAGUACACUCCUGAACACAUGCACUGUCUUGCCAUGUUUUGGGGGCCGUUGGCACCCCCAAACACUGGUGUGGUUGCUGUGCAAAAUCUGUCCAACAACCAGGCAUCAUUUAGGAUUAGUGCCACUGCAACUGUUCUCGAGUCCAAUCAUGCUGCAAAAAUAAUGAAGAAGAUCAAGUUGGUUGGCUACCCAUGUAAGAUUUUCAAGAAGACUGCACUAAUAACAGACAUGUUCACUUCCGAUCUCGAGAUUGCACGGUUUGAAGGUGCGGCUGUCCGAACUGUAAGCGGUAUCCGUGGACAAGUGAAAAAGGCUGCAAAGAAGGAAGUUGGUAAUCAUUCCAAUAGCAAAGGGGUAAUACCAAAAGAAGGAAUUGCCCGGUGCACCUUUGAGGACAAAAUUUUGAUGAGUGACAUCGUUUUCUUGCGAGCAUGGACACAAGUGGACGUCCCUCAGUUUUAUAAUCCAUUGACCACAGCCUUGCAACCACGGGAGACCAUUUGGCAUGGGAUGAAAACUAUGGCUGAAUUGAGGAGGGAGCAUAGUCUUCCUCUGCCGACUAACAAAGAUUCUAUGUACAAGCCAAUUGAAAGGUUUCCAAGGAAGUUCAACAAGCUGGUGAUUUCCAAGCAAUUGCAGAAAGAUCUCGCGUUUGAAUCGAAACCCAAGGACAUUCCAAACAGGAGGAAGCCUCUUCUUGAGAGGCGAAGGGCCGUUAUCAUGGAGGGUGCUGAGCGACAAGUUCAUGCUCUUGUUCAGCAGCUCCAAUUCAUUAAAAAUGAGAAGGUAUGCAACUCUGAACCGAAAUUAAGCAGAGCUAUAAGUGACAUUUUUUAAGUUUUUUCGUAGAAGUGAAGUUGCGGAGAAAGUGUGUUUGGUUGGCUUGAUGUGUUAGAUAUGAUAUAAUGUUUAGUAUAAGAAAGUAAAUAAUGAUAUAGAUAAUUGGUUUAUUUAUAAAUAAAUGAAUGUUUAUUUAGAAUUGACGGUUGGAAAUAGCAGCUUUAACAAUGGAUUCAGUUGGAAUAGUUGGGUUGAAGAAUUGUCUUACCAACUCUUUUUUAAAUUGACAAUGGUGUGGUUUAGUAAAUGUAGUGGACUAGCCAGUUGCAUUGCAAUAUAUGUUAUUAGGUUAGGGUUUAGUAAAUUGACAAUGGUGUGGCUUCUCUGGUUCCACAGAUGAAGAAACAAAAGCUUACAAAAGAGCGGAAAAGAAAACUACAUGAAAUCGAGGAAGCUAAAGCUGAAGAGGUUUCGAAAAAGCGCAGAAGAGAAGAACGGCGGGACAGAUACAGGGUCGAAGACAAACUGAAGAAGAAACUGAGGGGACGCAAUUAACCUAGCACAAAAGUAUUUAUUGUGUCACAGGAUGCUGUUGCUCCUCCGAGCUCUUGAGAUGCCAUUAGCUUCAUGGAUUUGGAAAAUGAAAAUUUUGAUAAAAUUUGGGUUUUGUAAAACCAGAUAUAUGAAGGUUUUAAGUUCAUUAUGGACUUGUAAAGUAUUAUUGUUUGUUUCAUUGAUUUAUUAGCUUCAUGGAUUUGAAAAAUGAAAAUUUUGGUUUUAUAAAACCAGAUAUAUGAAGGUUUUAAGUUCAUUAUGGACAUGUAAAAUAUUAUUUUGUUUCAUUGAUUUUAUGGACUUGAUUAAUUAGAUUAGUGUGCAUAAAGUGAAAAUGACCUACAUUACUCUUAUUGAUAUGAGACAAGGUUGUCAAAUUCCUAUUGAUUCCUCGGUUGAACUCGGUCCGACCUAAAUUGGGUUUCAAAACGGCCUCCUAAAAAUCCCCCGGUAUGAUCCCUAAAGAGGGGAGAAGGAGAGGGGAAGAGAGGAAGAGGAAAGAAUGAAGGGAGAUGGUGAGUGGGUCAUGCAUGUCAAGUAAAUUUAAGUUGUGGAAAAUAAGUUCUUAAUAGAUACAUGUAAGAUAA